GCGUUUGUCAUUGAUUGUUGUUCACGACCAAAAAAAUAUUAUCAAUUUUUUAACUAAAAAUGCUUGAUUUCAUGGAAUAGGGAAGCAUCGGAUAUCUCCCAAAAUGCCAAGUUCAUACAAAAACCAAAAAUUUUCUUCUUUGAAAAAAGAGUGCCUCAAAAAAGGAGAACUAUUUGUAGAUUCAGAAUUUCCACCAAACAACAAAUCGUUAUUUUACAGUAAAGUUGACAAUGACAUUGAAUGGAAAAGACCCAAGGAGUUGUGCAAAGUGCCAAAGUUGGUUGUAAAGGGAGUGUCCUGCGAUGACCUGAGUGAGGGAGAACUGGGAAACUGCUGGUUUGUUUCCGCUUGUUCUAGUCUCGCACAGGAGUCAAAGAUGUGGGCAAAGGUUAUCCCAGAUAUAAAAGAGCAGGAAUACAGCAACGAAGCCCCAUAUGCUGGGAUAUUACAUUUCCAAUUUUGGCGAUUUGGCGAUUGGAUAGAUGUAGUGAUAGACGAUUUACUUCCUACAAAGGAUAACAAAUUAAUAUUCUGUCACUCAAAUUCUAGCAAUGAAUUUUGGAGCGCUUUGCUGGAAAAGGCGUAUGCAAAACUGUAUGGUGACUAUGAGUCUCUAGUAAAUGGAUGCACAGCAGACACGCUCGUUGACUUCACUGGUGGAGUCGCAGAGUCACAUGAUCUCACACUUUUCGAUUUACACGACAAGGAUGGUCUAAAUAAUUUUUUUCUGGACUUGAGAGAUGGAAUUGAAAAUCGCUCAUUAAUUACUGCUUGCAUCAGUUGCGAAAAAGAUGAAAUUGGACAAGAGUGUGAGCAAGGUUUAAAAAAGGGUCACAGUUACGGUGUGACGGCAAUUAAGAAAAUUGAAGUGAUGAAAAAUCUCAAGGCCCAGCUUGGUAAUGAACUCUACCUGGUUAGGAUAAGGAAUCCAUGGGGAACAGAAGAAUGGACUGGAGCAUGGUCAGACAAUUCCCGGGAGUGGCAGAUGGUAAAUGCACAGGACAGAGACAAGAUGGGGAUAGUGUUUGACAAGGAGGGGGAGUUCUGGAUGUCAUUUGAUGACUUCCUGAAGCACUUUACUGGUAUAGACGUCUGCCAUUUUGUGAACACUGCAUUCUUCUCACUAAAGCGAACAUGGCAUGAGGCCCUACUGCCUGGAAAUUGGACAAGAGAACUAAGUGGGGGAUGCAGUGCAGAGAACCCACAAGGGUUCCUGUUUAACCCUCAGUUUGUGUUUGACAUCAAUGGUCCAAAGGAUGUGAUCAUGAUAUCUCUAGAGCAAGAUGAUGCAGGAAAGGAAAGAAAACUUGGAUCAUCACAUGACCAGAUUGGAUUCCAUGUAAUGAAGGUUGAAACGAACAGACGCUACAGAGUGCACGUCCCUGGUGAGAAGAUACAUGAAACUGAGUUUGUCUUCAAGCGUUGCCAAUUUGCACGAUUCCAUUUAGAGAAAGGCCGCUAUGUUAUAAUUCCUUCCAUAUUUAAAGCAGGCAUUCAAGGAAAGUUCCUACUAAGGCUUUACACUGGAAGUAAUGCUCUUGCAAAGGAACUAGUGGAGGACGCACCUGCCAGCAAGUGUUGUGUUAAGCCACAUGUCAUGGUAACAUGUGUUGACAUCAUAAAUGCAGAGGGCCUCGCCAAGAACGAAAAAAACACCACUGACCCAUAUGUUGUGAUCAAAUGUGAGGGAGAAACUGUCAAGUCAGAGUGGAACAAAGAAACUCUUGAUCCAGUCUGGAACUUGAAAACUAUAUUCUACAGGAAGAAACCAGAUAUUCCAAUUACUGUUGAGGUGAUGAACCACAAUACAAUGUUAGAUGACUUUAUGGGAAUAGCUGAGGUGCCAGAAACAGGCCUCGACUCCGAAGAGUCAAAGGAAUACAAACUCAUGGGCAAGGGAAAGAAAGAAAAAGAUGUUGAAAAACCUGGGACUUUGUUUUUGAAGAUUCGGUCCAGUAAUGAUUUGGGAGAAUUGUAAUGUGAGAAGUCUGUCGUCAUGUGACAAAUAAGUUGCAAUGUGACAGGUGGAGGAUCAGGGUUAUUGGGAAAGGGUAUUGGACAUGAUCGCCUUGGAUAUCAAGAAAAACUUUGAUCAGUUCUUCUUGUUGAAUAUAAAAAUCAAUAUGUGAAACUCAGCAAUGACUCAACCCAUACACUGAAAGUGGAUCAGGCAUUACUCCAGGUCAAGCCGGACUUGCAGAACCUCAAAUGAAUCGAUUUUCAAUUAUACAGAAGACCAUUCUGGACAAUUGGGCUGUAAACUUCCUUGCUGAAUCUUUCCAAUGAUUUAAAGAGGCUGGACCUGACCUAGAACACUGAUGCCCGCAACAAUAUACAGUCUUUAAGAUUAAGGUCAAGCCUAGUAUUGGGAGAGCUUUCUGUGAAAUAUUAAAAUUAAGUUUCAUAAUACUUAUAUUGUGUAUAUAGUACAUCCAUUUUUCAAAUCAUGUGUGGGAGAGUCAAAGAUAAGCCAUGAAAUCCAACUUUUUAGAUAUUGCCUUGUAUGAUUGCCUUGCAUGUAAUAAUGAAUAGCAUAAUUUUAUAAUUAUGUACAUAUACAUAUACCUUGUAUAGUACUAUAUAUUGUUUGCUUGCCUUAGCUUGUCUGUAUGAUCACUAAGUUUUCAUCCAGUGUAAUAAUUAUUACUGUAUACAGUAUCUGCAUAUUAAAUUGUUGUUUAAAUUAAGUUAAACUAAACUCAUUAAAUGUGAUUGCCAAUGAGCAGCUUUUAUAUUUUAUAUACUGUUACACUUAGUAUCAACAUUUUUAUAGAUAUGGCUGUUUACAAAUAUAUUUUUGAAAAAUGUCAAUUUUAGUUUGGCAAAGAAAUAAUAUGAUGAUAAUGCAUAAAAUGUAUUUACAUUUAUGAGUUUUGAAAGGUUCAUGAUGAAUAUAUGAUAAGUACUGUACACAUACACCGAGUGUAACGUACAGUACAGUUUAUUGCUAAAAAUAACAUGUUAAGAAAUAAUGUUUAUGAAAAUGUUAAUUUUUGAAUACUUUGUGAUAUUUAUUUAUUUGUUUUGCCAAGAGAUCUACUCUUUAGAACUGGUUUAGGUCUUUUUUAAGACAGAAAUUGAAUAAUCCAAAUAAUAUUAAUAAACUGUUAUACUGUUAGUCAAUAAAAGAUAUAUAUAUAUUUCGUAGCCUAGGUAGAGCAGUUUAAUGGUUAAUUCAAUAAAUAAAACAAUUUCAAAAUAUUCUGAAUAUAAUGAAAUCAAAUGUUAAAAAAGCAAAAUUGACCAUUGCACUGUUUUAUUCAGGCUACUUUUCAUUCUCAUGUACUAUGUACAGAGUCUGUGUAAUACCUUGGUCACAUUUGCUCAGAUUUUCACUACGGCGCCUGGCCAAUUGAGUAUUUUGUUCAAAAUUGAAUACAAUAUUGAACAAAACACUCAAUCGGGCAGGCGCCGGCUGAUGGAUCAGAGCAAAUGUGACCAAGGCAUAAGC